AUUUAAACCUGCACUCAAAGCAAAAGAGAAACCUCUUUAUUUACAUUGAGUGACUAGAACUAUAUCAACGUUUAAAGGGAAGUAAAACACACAUUACCUUCAUUGUUGUGAAAAUAAUUCCAGUCAAGUCCCUGCUCAAAUGUCAAAGGAAUCUGAAGGACAAAAUCGUACGGAUGAAGGUAUGGCAAAACUCGUGUGCAGAUCAGGAUGGCGGCUGCUGCACAAGAGAGGAGAUUUGUUCACCUGUCCGGCCACCGAUGCCCUGGCGCACUGCAUCAGUGAAGACUGUCGCAUGGGAGCAGGGAUCGCUGUGCUCUUCAAGAAGAAGUUUGGUGGAAUAGAUGAGCUUCUGGCUCAGAAGCAGCAACCUGGGCAGUGUGCUGUCCUUAGAAUAUCUGACCGUUUCGUGUACUACCUGGUCACAAAGAAAAAGUACAACCAAAAACCCACCUAUGACAAUCUCAGAAAGAGCCUCGUGUCUAUGAGGGAACACUGCUUGGCUUAUGGCGUUAACAGUAUAUCCAUGCCUCGGAUUGGCUGUGGUCUGGAUAAACUGAAAUGGGAAAAUGUGUCUUCCAUGAUCACAGAAGUCUUCCAGGACACAAAAAUCUCCAUCACUGUGUACACAAUCUAGACCACAGCAGGUCUGAAACUCACAUUAUUUCUUAGCC